AACAAAUUGAACGAAUCCACAUAUUAACACACAAUUUGCGCGCUUCCUCUUUGAAAAUCCUCCCCUCUAUUUCUCUCUCGCUCAAACCAACGGUCCAGAUCUGGUCCUUCCCACCCAAAAGUUGCUCGAUCUUUAACACGCCAUUUUCCUCCCUCUAUAAAUGCAUUUACCUUCUUCCCUCCCCUUUUCCCCCGCAUCUCUAACCUCUCGUUUCAAAAAUUAAAAAAUUAAAAAUAAAAAGAAAGAAAAAUUCAAACACACAUAUUUCGUAUAUUACGACGAAAAAGAGUCACCAAAAACAAAAUCUGCAGAUUUUCGAGUUUGUUACAAGGCUUUCGUGAAUCCUCUCUCUAAAACGAUGUCGUCCGCCGAGAAGGAGAGAGAGACUCAGGUCUACCUCGCCAAGCUCGCCGAGCAGGCCGAGCGCUACGAAGAGAUGGUGGAAUCCAUGAAGAAGCUUGCGAAGCUUGAUGUUGACUUGACUGUGGAGGAGAGGAACCUUCUCUCCGUGGGAUACAAAAAUGUGAUAGGCGCAAGGCGGGCUUCUUGGCGUAUUAUGUCUUCAAUUGAGCAAAAGGAAGAGUCUAAGGGGAACGAGAACAAUGUCAAACUGAUCAAGGGUUAUCGCCAGAAGGUGGAGGAUGAGCUCUCUAAGAUUUGCAGUGACAUUUUGACCAUUAUAGACAAUCAUCUGAUCCCUUCUUCUGCCUCUGGAGAAGCAACUGUUUUCUACUACAAGAUGAAAGGUGACUAUUAUCGUUAUCUUGCUGAGUUCAAGACUGAACAGGACAGAAAAGAGGCAGCUGAGCAAUCAUUGAAGGGAUAUGAGGCUGCUUCAAGUACUGCAAAUGCAGAACUUCCAUCGACCCACCCCAUUCGUCUUGGCUUGGCUCUAAACUUUUCUGUCUUCUACUAUGAGAUCAUGAAUUCUCCUGAGAGGGCUUGCCAUUUGGCUAAACAAGCUUUUGAUGAGGCAAUUGCAGAUUUAGAUACCUUGAGUGAGGAGUCCUACAAAGACAGUACCCUCAUCAUGCAGUUAUUGAGAGACAACCUCACUCUUUGGACCUCUGAUUUGCCUGAAGAUGGAGGUGAAGACAACUUCAAAGGCGAAGAAUCGAAACCCGCCGAUCCUGAGCAUUAAUGGGGGGACCUGAAAAAACCAUGCACAUGGCAAGUGGAGAUCAAUCUGCUUGGCAAAAUGGGACUUUUUCGGGUUAUCUUUGUUCUGAUGAAGAAAGUGGAAGGAACAACUGAUCGCGUGGAUAAAUUUAUUACGUAUUUUAUCUCUUUAGGGACCCCAACCAGAGGCAGAAGUUAAGAUUUAUCAACUGUGCAUCAUUUCCUUUUUUUUUCCGUAUUCAUCAGUUUUCUUCUGCGUCAUGUUUUUUUUAUAUCAGCUUUUUGUAGCAGUGGAUGCUUCUUUUUAAUCCUUUACUUUGUUA